AUGAAACUAAAAAAGAUAUUAUAUUAAAUUUAGCUCAGAUACAACCGUAUAUAGACUUACUAUCGUUUAAACGAGCAAGAAGUUCUCUAACACAUUUAAAAAACUUGGUAACGGAAAUAAUCGAAAAAGCACGAACACAUGAGCCACUUGGAGUAUUUAUGUACAUUGAAAGAGAUGUUAAUAAUAUUGUCAUAUUUCUAAGCCAUGAUUAUGAUGAAACUAAUCAAGCGUUCAAAGACGCGAUCGAACCAUAUAACGUAACUAUACGUUAUUUCGAAGAUCCAAAACGAAAAAGACCUCCACAUGGAAAACGACCUCCACAUAGAAAACGACGAGAUCAAAAACGAAGUG